AAAAAUACACCGUUCUCAUUUCCGAAACCGCUACCAAUAUAAAAGUGGAACUGUUAAAAAAAUCGGCCUGUGAUAAUAUUAGCAUUCUCCCACUCGUCGCAGUUCAGUCCGCCGGCGGCGCAAUCGUGCUCGAUUUCUGUACUCUUGUACUGUGCAACUUAUCUGGGUUUAUUAUAGUGCUAUCGAUUUCUGGGUAAAAAUGAGCAAGAAGAGAAUGAUAGCCCUUGGUUUUGAAGGAUCAGCUAAUAAGAUUGGUGUGGGUGUUGUAACCCUAGAUGGAACCAUCUUAUCGAACCCACGACACACCUACAUUACCCCACCAGGACACGGGUUUCUUCCUCGAGAAACCGCCCACCAUCACCUUGAACAUGUCCUGCCCCUUGUGAAAUCUGCUCUAAAGAUUGCUGGAAUAACCCCAGAUGAAAUUGACUGCCUUUGUUACACCAAAGGCCCCGGGAUGGGAGCUCCAUUGCAAGUCUCUGCGGUUGUUGUGAGGGUUCUUUCGCAGCUGUGGAAGAAGCCUAUUGUUGGUGUUAAUCACUGUGUUGCUCAUAUUGAGAUGGGGAGGAUUGUUACCGGGGCGGUUGAUCCUGUUGUGCUGUAUGUUAGUGGGGGUAAUACCCAAGUGAUUGCGUACAGUGAGGGGCGCUAUCGGAUUUUUGGGGAGACCAUUGAUAUUGCUGUUGGGAAUUGCUUGGAUCGGUUUGCUCGAGUUUUGACACUUUCGAAUGAUCCAAGUCCUGGAUAUAAUAUUGAACAGCUUGCUAAGAAAGGUGAGAAAUUCAUAGAUCUUCCAUAUGCCGUAAAGGGAAUGGAUGUUUCAUUCAGUGGCAUAUUGAGCUUCAUUGAAACCACAGCCGAGGAGAAGCUUAAAAGCAAUGAGUGCACACCCGCCGACUUGUGUUACUCCCUGCAAGAAACUCUCUUUGCCAUGCUUGUUGAAAUAACAGAAAGAGCGAUGGCUCAUUGUGAUGCAAAAGACGUUCUUAUCGUUGGGGGUGUCGGUUGCAAUGAGAGAUUGCAAGAAAUGAUGAGGAUAAUGUGUUCUGAGAGAGGUGGACGGUUAUUUGCCACUGACGACAGGUAUUGCAUUGACAACGGUGCCAUGAUUGCAUACACGGGUCUUCUUGCUUAUGCCCAUGGAUUAUCUACCCCACUCGAGGAAUCAACAUUUACUCAGAGAUUUCGAACUGAUGAAGUACAUGCAAUUUGGAGGGAGAAAGAACACGGAAAGUGAGGCAAAAAAACCAUGAUUGUUUAGGUACUCAAUGCUCUGAACCAGGUAUUUCAUUAUAUCAAUACUUAAUUUAUUUUCUCCUUGACAAACAGUUGAACUUGUAACAUAGAAAUUUCUAUAGAAUAGGAAGAAUAUUGCAGUGUUGGAAUUUGUAUAAUCCAACCAUAUUAAUCCCAGUUAAGCAGGUUCAUACA